CUAGCAUGCCUGUAUCCUACCUAUUAAAUAUUUACAGUCAAGGUUAUCAAUGAUUGUUUGAAUUAUGUUAUGGGUGUAAUUUCGUAUUUAUAUCCUGGUUUUACAUCCCGUUUGGUAUGAUCGGCCACUUCCUUCGACUGGAUCCUGGAGGAAUGCGAAGCUGAGCCAAUACUUUAGCGCUUAUUGGAGUGGCCAGGAACGUUUAAACGGACUGUGACUGAAAGAAAAGUUUCUGAGAGGUCUAGUAAAGAUGUCUAAAGUCCAAAUGCUGAGGUCUUUAGUGAACCAGAGACUGACUGCAGCUGCUGAAGAGAUAUUUGAGUUGUUUGAAAGAACAAUAGCAGAGUACGAGGAGCAACUUAGUCGGUCUAUAGAGGAAAAAAACCGACAGCAAAAACUACUGGAUGUUGUUUUAAACCCGGAAGUCCUGUUAUACAGAUCAGAUGUCCAGCAGCUGGUGUUGAGAAAAGCAGAGGUUCUCCCUAAACAGCAGAAGAGGAGCUCCAGUCUGAACCAGGAGGAGCUACAAGAACCAACACACAUUAAAGAGGAGCAGGAAGAAUUCUGGAUUAGUCAGAGGAGAGCAGAGGAGGAGGCAGAUAUAAACGGGUUCACAUUCAAUCAUGUCCCUUUGAAGAGUGAGGAAGAGGAUGGAGAGAAACCUCAGUCUUCACAACUUCAUGAAAACCAAAGUGAAGAGAACAGAGACACAGAGCAUUUGAAAAUAGAAACUGAUAAAGUGGGCUGUGGAGGAUCAGAAGCAGACAGAGAGUUUAAUCCAGACAGACAUUUACGAACAGUAACCCCUGACAAGACCUCACAUCUUUAUGAAUGUUAUAUUGAUGAUAUUGGUGACUGGGAAGAAAGAGAUGAACCUCAGGAAGGUUUGAACCCUCUAAAAUAUAAAGAUGUAGCUGUAAAUGAUAUGAAAUGGAACACUGGAAAUACAUCAGUGAGCUCCUCUGAAUGUGCUCCAAGCUUUGGCCAAAACAAACAAAUGCAGGAGUACGAUGAAAUACAAACAGGAGAGAAACCGUUCAGUUGCUCAAUUUGUGGUAAAAGAUACCCGAGUAAAAAACAUUUAAAUCUACACAUACGGCGCCAUUCAGCGGAAAAACCUUUCAGCUGCUCAUUUUGUAAGAAGAGCUUUCUCUGGAGAAAGGAAAUGGUUGCACAUGUUAGGAUCCACACGGGAGAGAGACCGUUUAGUUGCUCAGUUUGUGGUAAAAGUUUCACAGGAAGUGGAAAUUUGAGUAAACACUCUGUUGUCCACACAGGAAAGAAGCAAUUCAGUUGUUCAAUUUGUGGUAAAACAUUUGCUCAUCAUGGAAAUCUGAAGAAACACUCCAUUGUCCAUACAGGAGAGAAACUCUUCAAUUGCUCAGUUUGUGGUAAAAGAUUUGCACAAAGUGGAGAUUUAAAAAGACACUUUUUAAUCCACACAGGGGAGAAACCAUUUGGUUGCAGUAUUUGUGAUAGAAGAUUCACCCGGCAAUCGCAUGUAAAACAACACAAGUGUUCUGGUGUGAGCAGUGGGAAUCUAAAGUAAAUUGUGCUUUUGGGUUCCAACUAUUUUAAUAAUUUCUCCACAGAUUAAUUGCUUUUUUGUAUUUGAUGAAUCUCAUUUUUAAAUAAGAGACAUUUGUAUUUCCAUUUCUUUAUUCAGAGGGAACAGGCUGUUGACAGGCUGCCUCUGAGCAGUUAAAAUAAUAUGAAAUGAUAGGGAAUUAUUCAAAGAAAUUUAAAUGUUGACAGGCUUUGCCACAGGAAUAGCUUUUUAGACCAAGACAUGGGCAAACACAAAAAAGAAUUACAUGCUAUACAUGUAUAAACAAAUUUGCCUUAGGCGACCUCAGUCCUCCUGACACAUACUUAAAGAUCAUACUGAUGAUAAUGAUAAUGUAAGAUUUCUGGCCUACUCUUUUCAACAAUCAACCCGUUUUUAUCCAUCUUUAAAUAUGGAAGACAUGGUCCUAAAUAUGAUUAAUAUUAUGAUACCAAUCAGACAUUUGUCACUCACUAAUUGGUUGGCCAUCAGCUUAUGAAAGUUUGUUGGUGUGUCAGCUCAUCAUCUGGCAAACAAACACUUACAUGAGCCCUGCAAGCACACAUUUCUCCUCUCUCCUGCUUGUAUUUUGACAGACUAGAAGGUAUACAAUGGAGGAAAUACCCUGGACUUAGAAUAUCUGAAAUCUGCCCACUACUGUUAUUAAUCCUGUCUCAUCUUGUACCUGAAAACAAAACUGAAUUUCUGUAGUUUUUAUGAUCAAAGAUCUGUUUUUAGCUCACCAACAUGUUGUCUUUUUCAUGGAAAAAUGGUUAUUAAUGAACAAUACUUCUCAUCAUUUUCUUUAACAGUUCUGUUUUUACCAUCAUAGCAAUACAUUGCUGUAAUAUUUAUUUAUACAGCGCACUUGAGCACCGCUUGAGGUGACCCAUUGGUAUCCAACACUCCUGUCAGCUGUCUGUGAAUGCAUACAGCUCUGUGCUGUAGGGAGGUGUGUCAUAAUAAUAGCACAACACAACGAAUUGAUAAAUUAUUUGGUAACACCAUUAAUAAUCUAUUUUUAAAUCAAUUUUAUAAAAUCACUGGUGAAGCACAACUGUGCUUUUCAAGUUCGACUUUUAUGAUUUUAUUAGAAAAGGAAAGUUCAUUUGGAAACUGAUAGCGAGGUUGGAGAAUGACAUGAAGGAAAGCAUGGGCUGGAUUUAAACUUUGGCUGACCACUGUACAAGCAGUUCUUGUACAUAAAGCGCACCGACACGACCACUAGGCUAACACCAAACCUAUUGUGGUUUUCAUUUCAUCCAUCCUGCUGAGAGGUGGCCCCUUAAAUUGUGUUUUUAUUUGUGCAUUUGUCAUUUCCACCAGUUGAAAGGAAUGCUUUUCCUUGGCAUCAUUAUUUUGCUAAAUGGUAAAUGAUGCUCAUGGUCGAUUAAUAUUGGGUCUCUGUAAAUAAUACAACAAAGAAUACAGUGUAGCUCUGCUCUUUUUGUAAAGCAUCUUGAGAUGAAAUUUGUUUUGAAAAUUUGCUGUACAAAUAAAGGUGGACU